AUGCAGCAAGUCUACAUCCACGAAGGCCCCUACGAGUCAAUUCCCUCGACCGCACCGCCGGGACUCCAGUUCCUCAAAGACUUCCUCCCAGCCUUGGACUCACUCGAUCCAAGCGCAAACCCCGUGUCCCCAUUCAUCCACCCCGACGCCCGUAUCCUCGUCGGCAGCAGCCCUCCCAACAAAGGCACAGACGUGAUCGGCCUCCUCGAUGUCCGACAGCGACAUCUCCAGCGCUUCCACCACGACGUACACCGGGCGUGGGAUAUUGCACGAACGGAUACGGGGAACCAUGCCCGGACGGUGAUGUUCGAGGCGACGAGCGGCGCGGUCUUUCGUAAUGACCCGGAUCGGUUCGAGGUGCGGGUGAAGGAGUUUAACGUUCUCGAGCUGGAGAUGUCUGGCUCACAGUCCGACGGACACUCCGACGGCGGCGAAGAGGGCAAGGAACGGCUUAUCGCGGUGGAGAUGCGGACGUACAUGGAUGCUCGACCGGUGCAGGAUCAAGCGGCGCGGGUGCAGAGAGAAUCGGCGUAUGGGGAGGCGAGGACAACGGGGUGA